AUGAAGCUGACAAUCGCUCUUUUCUAUUCCUUGCUAGUGGCAGGCGUCUCUGCAAGAGGUCUUCGUGUUGGCUGGGAGAAGGUUUUCCUCUAUCUCGCAUACCGCAUCGACCAGCUGGAACCUGAUGAAACCAAACGUACCAUGGGCUUUAAAUGCGCAAACUUUCUCUUGACCGCAUCUGGUGCUCCCUAUUGUAGAGACAAUGCAUGGGUCAAAUGCGAGGUGCUCGAAUAUAAUCCAGCAACUCGGGCAAGAGAGAACCGAAACUGCAUCGGCAUCAAGGAAUGGAUGGCAUUUACCGACGACCAACGAUGGACACGUUUCCCAGUCAACGAAGGUACCACAAAUGCGGAGAAAGCCAAAGCGCCUAUUAAUCUCGACUUCGACAUGAGAGCUGCUGUCAAGAACCUGAACGAUAUGCGGAUGGAUCAGAACAGGUACGCCCCGGCUCGUGUAUAUAAAACACCAGCCAACGGCGCCCCCGUAGCAUUUAAUACCAUGAUUGAGGAUGUUGGCCAGACCGUCAAGAACUACAUCACAAGAGUGGGCACUCUUGUCGAUCACCCAGAAAUUCAGCAACUCAGGACUGCGCUAGACGAAGUUCAGCGAGCGCGUGUUGUUGAUCACUCGCCCAGACUAGUUGAGCACCUUCAGACCGUCUUACCUGGAGGUAUCUACCAUACUAAGAAGGUCGGAACUGACGUUCAAGGGAGGGAUCAAAUGGUAUUUGACCCCGAUGAGACGGUCAGAAGUACGACGCCAAUGGUUUCAAACUUUGAGGAAGAGCUCUACAAAGCCAUUGGGGAAUAUUACGAUAACAGCGACAUUGCCAGAGAUCACAUCAGCGUUAUGCAUAGUAUCGAGACGACUAGGAACCAGAUCAGUAGUAUUUCUUGUGGAAUCUAA